UGAGUGACUGCUGAUUUGAGGGUGGUGGUCGAGCGGCCUAGGGACGGUGGGGGAUUAGUGGCGGUCGAUCUCUUAACGCUAUAAGUCCAAUGGGCCAGUUGGGUGGCUGAGAUCCAACAGAACGGGAAUCUAUGCCUGUAUACGGUAAGAUUGAAGUCCGAAGGCAGUCCGGACUCCGCACCAAUAAUUUCUCCAUAAACCCUAACGGUCUUACCCUAGUGCUUUGGGAAGUUCGCACAGCAGCACCAUUGCGACACCAGCCAAAUCAUCUCUCGACGGCGAAUUGACGCCCCAUUCAAGGCUGCUUAUUUCUUUUCCGAUUUCAAGAUUGCAGCUUUCACACGCACCUGUGGAAGAAAAUGAGAUUUACAAGCUUACGAUGGGCUCCAGAUCUUCUCCGCAGACUUCAGCGAUUCGAAUCCUGUUCCGCUUCGACUUCAGCGUCUCCUGUUCUAUGGGUUCUGCCAUUGCAAUCGAGAGGAUUCAGCUUCCUUGUCCCUCCAAGUCGUCAAUACUCUAGUGAAAUCACUGUCCACCUUUCCCCAGAUCUCCUUAAGAUAGUGGAACAAAGUAUGAUAGCAAUAGAGCAAAAAAGUGCUUUUCUUCAUGAUCAAAUUAACCAGCCAGCAGUCACAUCAACUGAGUAUUCAAGAGCUAACAAGGAGCUCCGGAAACUCGGGAGCUCUUUGGAACUAAUUAAGGAAGUGAGGGCCAAAAGGAAGGAGAUUACUAGUCUGGAGUCAUUAAUGUCUGACUGUUCUGAAGAUAAAGAUAUGCGUGAUAUGGCGUCUGAGGAAUUAGCUGAGGCUUUUGAGGAAGAGAAAAGAUUAUUUCAUUCGCUGCUUAAAUUAUUGCUCCCAAAGGAUGAAGCCGAUGAGAGGGAUUGUAUUCUUGAGGUGAGAGCAGGAACUGGGGGAGAAGAGGCAUCUUUAUUUGCAAUGGAUAUAUUCAAGAUGUAUGAGAAAUAUUCCCAGAAAAAGGGAUGGAGAUUUGAAAUUAUUGACAUAAUGGAGUCUGAUUUGAAAGGAUACAAGGAAGCUAGUGGAACAGUAUCUGGAUGUGGUGCAUAUGGGAAACUCAAGUUUGAGAGUGGCAUUCAUAGGGUUCAGCGAGUGCCCCUGACAGAGAAGUCAGGGCGUGUCCAUACUAGCGCGGUAUCGGUUGCUAUUCUUCCUCAGGCUGAUGAGGUUGACGUCCAGGUACGUAACGAGGAUCUGAGGGUUGAUACUUACAGAUCAGGCGGAAGUGGGGGCCAAUCUGUGAACACGACAAACAGUGCUGUUAGAAUUACUCAUAUUCCAACUGGAAUUGCAGUGGCAAUACAAGAUGAAAGAUCACAACAUAUGAAUAAGGCCAAAGCACUCAAAGUGCUAAGAGCCAGACUAUAUGAAAUUGAAAGGUCCAGACUUCACAUGAACCGUUCAAAACUCCGCUCAGAGCAGAUUGGAAGCGGUGAUCGAUCAGAGCGGAUUCGAACAUAUAAUUUUCCUCAAGGACGAGUCACCGAUCACCGUGUUGGGAUCACUCAACAUGCCAUUGAGGAUGUCAUGGAAGGUGAGAGCUUAGAUGUUUUCAUAGAUGCCCUACUAUUGCAGGAAGAGAUGGAUGCUAUUGCCACCUUCAGCGCUUAAUAGCAUUUCACAUUGCAGAUGAGAAUGUCAUCCAUAUACACGGUCAUAAACUCCUCUAUAUAUGAUCUCAGAAUAUUAUUCGCUGGUGCAUCGAAUAGAUUGAAUGAAACAAGCACCCAUUCGUAAAGUCCUUGCUUGGUUUUGAACUUAGUUUCCUAUGGAUCAUUUUCUAUGAAUAUAUUGAACCAGCUCCAUAACAAAGAAAACAUCUAUGACAUAUAACAUGCAACAUUAUGAUCAAGAUGCAAUUUACAAUGUUGAUGUAUUGCAGAUAAUGACAAAGAAAGCAACAUACAUUAUGCAGAAAAUUUGUCAUUGCUUUACUCUCCCAACAUUUUGUGUUCAUAAAUUUGUUUUAGAUCUCUGGCUCAAUGUUGCAUCUGUCAAUCGUGUGGUGAAUUCAUCCUGCAUAUUGUAAAAUUAUGAUUGUAUUUAAUAGACUAUAUAGAAGUGGAUGAAAAAUGAUAUUAAAGCUAUUAAACUUAUGUUUUUUUU